AUGAAUCAACAAGUUUGGAUUAGCAUACCUAAAAGUAUAAAUAAUACACACAAUAAUGAACUAAUGAAGUGUAUUUUAUGUAAGAAAAAUGGUAAAUAAAGAGUGUUAUAUUGUUUUGAUAAAUUUAUAUUGUAUGGAAAGGUUUAUAUCAUUAUUUUAAUUAAGGUAGGAGAUAUUGCAACAAAAUAUCUCAAACUAGACUUUGAUACAAAAUUUGAAAUACUUUACUAAUAAAGUAAUAGAAAUGGAGAGAAAGAUGAUUGUUUAGAUCAAAUAAUUGGUAUAUAAUUUCAUUUUGAUUAUGGAAAUGGAAUGAUUAGUUCAUAAUUAGGAGGAAAUGAAAAUUAAAUCAAGGAAUUAAGAAAUUUUUUGAGAUCAAGGAUAAAUUAAUACAAAUUUCAUCAAUAUUUCAGAGUUUUUAAAAAAAUUGGAAAAGGAAAUUUUGCAACAGUAUAAACGAUUAAUAAACAAAGGUGUAUUUUACAGAAAAAAUUGAAGAUGGACAAUAGUUCGCAGUCAAAGCAUUUUCAAAAUAAGUAGCUUAUAAUGAAGAGAAUGGAAAGGAAUCAAUAAUAAAUGAAAUAUAAAUUAUGAGGGAAUUAAAUAAUUAACAUUUAAUGAAAUUAUAUGAAGUCUAUGAAACUGAAAAUUCCCUAUAUAUGGUAUUGGAAUUACUUUCUGGAGGUUCAUUACAUGAUUUGAUAAGAGAGAAAAAGGGAUUAAAAUUAAAAGAAGUUCAAUAAUUAUUUGCAGGUAUAUUAUUAGGAUUAGAAGAAAUGCACUAAAAGGAUAUUAUGCAUAGAGAUUUAAAAUUAGAAAAUAUUCUAUUCAAAUAAAAAAAGUAAAUUAUAAAAUUAAUAUAAGUUAAUUAUAAUCAGUUGUUAUAGCAGACUUUGGGUUAGCUACUCAUGUUAAUGAUGCUAAAUAUUUAUAUUAUAGAUGUGGAACACCUGGAUAUGUGGCUCCAGAAGUAAUCAAUCAGAAAGAUGCAAAGCAAAAAUAUUCAUCUGUAUGUGAUAUAUAUAGUUUGGGUCUAAUAUUGUAUAUUUUGUUAUCUGGAAGACCUGCUUUUCUUGCUAAAACAUAUAGAAUGAUAGUAAAAUAAAAUAGAGAAGCAGCUGUUGAUUUUUCAAUUAAGUAAUUAAAAAAUCUACCUGAUGAUGCUAUGGAUUUAUUGAAAAAAAUGUUAAACAAGGAUCCUAAAUAAAGAAUUGAUGUAGUAAAUUGUUUGAAGCAUUCUUUCAUAAACGAUAUAGCCAAGUAAAUAUAAGAGACAGAAAUCAAUGAAGAUAGUGAUAAUGAUUUAGGUUAAAUUGAUGAGGAUAUUGAUGUUGGAAAAAGGAUAAAUAAAUUAAAUUAACAGUAUGAACUAAAAUUAUGGUAGAUAUUUUGUAUUUGAAGCCAGUAGACACUUAAAUUCACCAAAUUCAUCCUCAGAUGACUCACCAGGAAUUAUUUUGAAAAAAACAACAAAAAAAUAAAAGGAGAUUGAUUCAUCUAUGUUAUUAUCUGGCUAAUCUCCUUUAUUUAAAGCAAGAAUUGAUUCAAUUGGAAGUGUUCAGUCUCUUGAUAUGUUGUCACCAUAAUUGACUUAACAAUAAUCACCUGCAAUUAAAUAAUCAAAAUUUGCUUAGAAUAAAUAAAAAGGUAAUUAAUCAAUUCUCAAAUAUAUCACAAAUAAUUGA